GAGAGAAAAGGGAGGGAUACGAAUCCUUUGGGCCAUGACUGUCUUCGCUGGCUCAAAAGAUCCUUAACCGACGAUGGCUUCAACCCUCUUUUUUCUCUACACUUCACAGUCAGCGCCGGCCGCCGACAGCAGUCAGCUCCAUGAACUUCGCUUCAUAAAUGGUCGUACUGGCGAUGGCUUCGCUUUGAUCGUUGGAAAUCGCUGUUUCUCUCUAAGAAUUUGGAGAUGAAAUGGAAAUGGAGGUAAUUUAGAAUGAACCCAAAACCCCAAAUGAGAAAAUAAUAUAAAAUUCCAAGUGGAAAAUGAAGUUGAAAAGUUGAUUGCAUUAGCAUCCACGUCGUAUCGGGUUAAAGGGACCGUCUUUUCCAGAGAAAGUGGUAUUUAUAAUUGGUGAGACGUGACCAAACUUCUCUGUCCACAUUUCUUGUAACUUGCGACUACCCACAAGAAGAUAGUCAUGGGGAGGUUGUUCGUGGUGAACCUUGAAGGAAGGAUCUAUAGCUGCAAGCACUGCCGAACCCAUCUUGCUCUUUAUGAGGACAUCGUUUCCAAGUCUUUCCAAAGCAGGCAUGGGAAAGCUUACCUCUUCAAUAAAGUAGUGAAUGUUUCUGUUGGAGUGAAAGAAACGAGGAUGAUGAUGACGGGGAUGCAUACUGUUGCUGAUAUCUUUUGUGUUGGCUGUGGAUCAAUUGUGGGAUGGACAUAUGAAACUGCCUUUGAAAAGAACCAGAAGUACAAAGAAGGGAAAUCGGUACUGGAGCGGUUCAAGGUUUCAGGGCCUGGUGGAACUAGUUACUGGGUCAGUCAUGCUCAUAGUCAUGAAACAGCACAUGGUGGAGGAAGUGAUGCAGAUGAAGCUUGA